UCUUCAUGCGGCUCUGACGUCAUAGGGAGCUGCGCCGCCAGUGUGGCUGGUCCGGGUGACAGAUGCGGCGUUCAGAGAACAAGGAAGUGAUCGAUAUCUCGCCUAUUUUAAGAGUGAAAAAAACAAACGCUUCGUCCGUUUGUUCAUCGUUUCACACAAGGUGCCUGUUGUACUCUGCAACCACCUCUGGUGAAUGACAUCCGUUGGCCAUGUGUCCCGGUGUGAACCGUCUCCCAGCAGCCUCCUCUGAGACGGAGAUGAGCCCGGGCAGCGCUACUGUGUCCGAGCAUCGCCCACCAGCUUCUUCUGCCUGAUCUGAUCUGCUGCAACAAUCUCGGUUCUCCAUCGUUGAAACUCUUGUCUGAACAUGGCGCCAAUUCCUCCCGGCAUCCGCCUCCUGGUCUCCUUCAACAGGGACCAAUGGUACAGAGCCCUCACCUUUACCCUCACCUUCUUUCUCUACACCAGCUUCCAUCUGUCCAGGAAACCCAUCAGCAUCGUCAAGAGUGAGCUCCAUAAGAACUGCUCAUCUGUCAAUGAGAUAGCGACAGCCAGCAUCAGCCGCCAGCAGCGCUCUCUGCCUUCAUUCCACACAGACAUGGACUGUAGCUGGAAGCCCUUCGAUAAGAGCAACUACAAACAGCUGUUAGGAGCCAUGGACUACUCUUUCCUCUGUGCCUACGCGGUGGGCAUGUACCUCAGUGGCAUCAUCGGGGAGCGCCUGCCCAUUCGGCUGUAUCUGACGGUGGGCAUGUUGACCAGCGGCCUUUUCACCUGCCUGUUUGGACUGGGCUACAUUUACAACAUCCACAGCCUGGGCUUCUACAUAUUUGUCCAGGUGGCCAAUGGCUUGGUCCAGACUACUGGCUGGCCCAGUGUAGUGACCUGCAUCGGCAACUGGUUCGGCAAGGGAAGGCGUGGUCUGAUCAUGGGGCUAUGGAACUCACACACCUCUGUGGGAAACAUACUGGGCUCUCUGAUCGCCGGCUACUGGGUCUCCUCCAACUGGGGCCUGUCCUUCAUUGUCCCAGGGCUCAUCAUCGCAGCCAUGGGCAUCAUCUGCUUCCUCUUCCUCAUUGAACAUCCAAAUGACCUGAAGAGCAUGUACGCCCAGAACGCCUCUCCGAGCAGCAGUGUGCCAGCCAAUAGUUGGAACGGAGUGAAUGGACACAAGGAGCUCUACCUGAAAUACAAAGAAGGCAAACACCAGAGUUAUGACACAGAGUUGUUGCUGCCCAGGGACAGCGGCAGUGUGCGUGUGCCUAUUCAGCAGGUGGUAGUGGUGAAGAGUGAAUCUGAGCCAUCCGCCAUCAGCUUUAUGGGAGCCCUGCGCAUACCGGGGGUUAUUGAGUUCUCUCUGUGCCUGCUGUUUGCCAAGCUGGUCAGCUACACUUUCCUCUUCUGGCUGCCCCUCUACAUCACUAAAGCAGCCCACCUGGAUGCCAAGGAAGCCGGGGAUCUCUCCACCCUCUUUGACGUAGGAGGAAUAGUGGGUGGGAUCUUGGCUGGAGUCAUCUCUGAUAAGCUGGGGAAGAGGGCGACUACAUGUGCAGUCAUGCUGCUGCUAGCUGCCCCGACUCUCUAUGGCUUCUCGAUGAUCAGCGAGUUUGGCUUGGGACCAACCAUUGGCAUGUUGUUGGUGUGUGGAGGGCUGGUGAAUGGCCCAUAUGCCCUUAUCACAACAGCGGUGUCUGCUGACUUGGGGACCCACAAGAGCCUAAAAGGCAACGCCAGAGCCUUAUCUACCGUCACAGCCAUUAUUGAUGGCACAGGAUCUGUAGGCGCAGCGCUGGGCCCCCUGCUGGCAGGUCUGUUAUCUGCAGGCGGUUGGGAUCAAGUCUUCUACAUGCUGAUGACCGCAGACUUCCUGGCCCUGCUGCUUUUGCUGCGGCUUGUGACAAACGAGCUGACCUCAAGCAAAUCAGGCCCCAUCUCGACUGUACAGUUGAAGGAGCACUGAGCACUUUGAUUGCACUCAUGCCUCACAGGAGUGUGUUUAUUUCUCUCUCUCUCUCUCUCUCUCUCUCUCUCUCUCACUCACUCACUCACUCACUCACUCACUCACUCACUCACACACACACACACACACACACACACACACACGCUCAUGCAAUAUAGUAAUAGUUCACUGAAACCACUUGUCUAAGCCUGGGCUGGACCAUGACUUCGACUACAACCGAUUCUUCCUGAAACUGAGGCAGUUAACACACACACACGCACACACACAUGCACCAUGCCCACUUACAUACACAUAUAGUAAUAGUUCAUUGAAACCACUUAUCUAAGCCUGGGCUGGACCAUACAUGACUUAGACUACAACUGAUUCCUCUUGAAAUUGAGGCAGUUACACACACACACACACACACUGUGAAAGAGACUGGGCCUUUAUCCCAAAGGCAGAGCCAAAGCUGAACCGAUGUUGGAUGAGCCAAGUGGGAUGAUGACAAAAAUCAGUGAUGAUGAUUACAGCCCCCCACACACACAUGCUCACAAUCAUCCA